UUGUAUUUAGCACCCUCUUAAAAUUAGUCAUUCAAAAUAGAAUAAUUAUUUUUGUCGAUUUCACAAACUUGAAUCUGUUUUCCCCAUGAAAAACAGUGAAAGGCAAAACAUGACUAACCAUUGCCACUAAUUCGAAGCGAAUUUUCGAAGCACCUUUCUUUAAUUAAACUAUUAAAAUAUCAUCAAAAUAUUUCAUGACAAACGAGUUACAAUUUCAAUACAAGUGAACAAUAGGAGUGAACAUCGAUCUGAUUAAGAUAAAAGGAAAUUAGUAUUUUCCAAUUGUUUAGCGUUUCCUGAACUGAUGGAUUGUAAUACCUAUAAAUAGGUCGAAAGAUUUUUGUAAAAUUCGUCAGUACUCUAAAAAACACAGUUCUGUACUAUAUCCAUAAAAAACUGCUAUAAAAUGCUAGCCGAAAACCUUAAUUUAUUAUUGGUGAUUGGAGUUGUUGGAAUGGUGUUCGGGUAUCCAAAUGAAGAAGCUAUAGUGGACUGCGUGGUGGACAGUGGCGUAGAAAGAAACGACUUGAAAAACCUCAACUGGGAAGACCUUGAGAGCUUUCCAGAAAAAACUAAAUGUUUCAUGAAAUGCAUAAUAGAAAAAGAACACAUCUUCGAUAAGGAAGGUAACGUGAAUAUGGAGAAUGUGGAAAAGAACUUAGAGGAAUUGGACAUUGAUCCCAACCAAAGGGAAGAGUUUAAAACUUGUGUACAGAAGAGUAAACACGUGAAAACUUGCGAAGAUACCAUUCCAGUCCUCCAAUGUUUCGUUAAGUUCUCACCGAAGGCCAAGUCAAAAUGAUAAUAUAUCAACUGAUUUUUGAGUUCAUGUCAUUUAAACAAAAUAAAAGCCUGUUAUUCUUAAA